AUGGCAGACGCUCUCUGUGGGCCUUCAAAUGCCCUCCAAAACUUUCAAAAGCACACUUCCGUAGACCGAACUCUGCAGCAGGAUCGGUUGACGAAUCGCCAAUCUCCUGCCCAAGGAUUUAGAUCUCCUCCUGGACCUAAUGCAGGCAUACUUGACCCCGAGUUUGAUGCCUUUCAAGCCGGACACUCAGGUCUACCUCAGCCUGAUUUCCGCCAACUCCAUCCUAAUCUCUCCCACCAUCCACCUCCGCCACAGUUCGCACAAGUUCGCGCAGCUCCGGAUUGGGCGUCUGAUUUCCAGCAACUGAGCAUAUCGCCAAUCAACUCUGCACCGAUACAAAGACUUCAUCAACCACAAAUCUCGAACCCAACGUCCUCAUGGCACAAGGACUUUAUGAGGCAACAGGCACCUGCGCUACAGGCCCCAGCGUUUCACCAGACUACGUUUGGAGGCAUUUCAGGGUAUGGUAUGGGUGGAUAUUCAGGCCAGGCUUUUCAGCGGUCCAGCCUUGGGCCGAUGAGUGGGAGUCAAGUGUCACAUGCGGCGCAAGGAAAACAACGAACUCAAGAGGCAACUCCAGAUUUUGACGAGGCAGCAUUUGAGAGGGCAUUUGCACAAGCUCAGCAAGACAUGCUCGAGGAGGCAUCUGCUGGCAUGCGUGAUUCCAAUGAUAAUGGACUGGAAACAGAGGUGGACCAGAGACCGGCCGAGACGGAUCCUGUUCUACUCCGCAUAAAAGAGAAACGAUUACCCGUCUAUACUGCGAUCAAGUUGCGCAGUGAAAUCGAUCUUGGAAAUUCUGCCGAGGCAUUACCUUGGUUGCAGGACCUAGAAGAUCUUGAAAGCAACGGAAGAAUAAUAGACGAUGCCAGCGAGGCGAAAUGGUGUGUUGACGUACUGCAGAAAAUCGUAAAUCGGGACGCACCCCAGGAGAUCCAAGCUCGUGCGGAGAGGUUGAUUACCGCCAUCAACGAACGACUAAUGUCACGGUAUCCACUCCUCGCGACGAGGGUCCCCGUGGUGCAGGAAAGUAUCUUGGAAGAUCUGCGGGCUGCAGGCUAUGCAACAAGGUCGCCUCUCCUUGAACAGAUGGAGCAGCACCCAGAGCAGAAGAAAGAGGUGCAGCCUUUGAAGAAUGACGACGAUGACAUGGCAGAAACAGCAGGACGGUUACUGGAAAGAGUCGCUGACAACACCAGCGAAAAAUUUCAAAAUAGUCAAUUCCUCGAACUCAUGCGGCGUCUCCGCGAUCGCGAAGUUCGGGUAGACGGAGAUAAGAUGGUUGAAGUCAGUAACGCCCAGCCUUCCAAUUCCCCUCUACAGUCAACCCCAGCACCCCCUCCCGAAAUCGACCCCAAUAUUCUGGAUAGUGUGUCUCAAGAUUUUGGUAUGGUGAUGGAUUCGGAACAAGAGCAAGCUUUUUCUGAUCCCACUGGCGGUCCACUUACUGAUGAGGUCUCAGACCAAUUCGGCUACUAUAACGUCAACGCAGCCUACCACAGAUAA